CUAUCCUCUUGUGAGUGAAUCCCUGCUUCAGGAUGGGCCUCGGCCAAAAAAGUAGUGGGAGUGAGAGAAGUCAUUCUCCCCUACAGACUGUACAAUGUGUGUUUGUGUGCUCUUGGUGUUCAAAUUACAAAGUUCUGUCGAGCUCUGAGAGUCACGCCUGAUCGAGGCUGAUCCCCUUCGUGCCUCGAGAGGCCGAUUUUGAACGGCAAGUAAGUGACGAAAAGGCGGUUGGCCGGUUUCGACUCUGGACUAGAUAUGCUCGAGCUCGAUUUUUGUGUGACUUUUGUGAGUCUUGAAUUUUUGACUGAGGCUGACUGUCAGUCUCCGAGACUGACGAAGGAACGAGUUGGGAGGAGAUCAAGAUACAUAAACACUUCUGUCCGAGAAAAACGCGAGAGAGCAACGAGACUAAACGAAAGAUUUGGAGGCAAAAGCGAUAACCGGCUCCUCUGAACGUUUAGCUCUCCUCACUCUGUGCUUCAUUAGUGCAUGCAUGCAUGCAUGGUGGAAGCGACAAUCCUUCUUGGUCACUCAUUUCCAUACCAAUAGGAAGAUCACAAGUCGGAAUGGCGAGGGUUUCCGUAUUAAAGUCAGUUGGGCGACAAAUUUGUCCCUCCCUCGGCCUUCGUCACUCUUAAUGGGUUUGUUCCUUCUCCCUUCUCUCUGGGAUCGUCAGCUGAACAGUGUCCUUCGCCACUCGCCAGAAAGUCUGUAAAGGCCAACAAGCCCCGCGUUUUCACCAUUCCAGGGUGUAAAGUGACAUAGACAGAGACAAUUGAAAGAAAAACAAGCCAAAGUGAAAUCGAGUCGACAACAAAUUGACAUCCUCACGGUGACAAACAACAUUGUGCAUGUUCUCUCCCGAGCAGUGCAUAUUAUUAGUCAAAUUGCACGGACUUAACUUAUGGCACAAGAAGAACAUGUCUCGCCUUGGUAGAUCCAUCCCCUUGGGCAUAGUGGUCGUGACUCUGAUCUUUGUGAACCUGCAAUUAACUGAGGCCAGCUCAUUGGAAGGAGAGCCGGCAGCUGAUGGAUCUCGUUUAAAACGUGGCCUCUUUGGAUUCCAUGCCUCUCAGAGUGUUGAAGUCCCCAGUCAUGCUCUUAAUGACCAUUCCCUGAUUCUUGUGCCGGUGAUUGAUGAGGACAAACAAUGGCAUCGAAGAAAACGUAAUAUCGAUCCCGAGAGUGACGAGGCGAAUACGAGCUUCGCGAACGAUUCUUCAAACUCCACUGGAAAAAAGAAAUACCAUAGAUUAGCGCAUUCACUUCAUGUUCAGACCGAUAUUAGAUACAGAUAUGCCACCACUUUGGUCACGAGCCAGGUUCGAAAUUCCGAAGAAGAGGCCAGGGAAGUGUUCUUGUCGGUGAUCCUGCCUGAAACGGCCUUUAUCUCUCGAUUCGCUAUCGAGGUGGGUGGACAGCUCUUCGUGGCCUUUGUUAAGGAGAAGACCGAGGCAUGGAAGGAAUACCAAGAGGCUGUGUCACAAGGAAAGACAGCAGGUCAUGUGGGCAUUUCUGCGCGAUAUUCCAACCAUUUUCGGGUGUCGGUCAACACCGAGGCUCGAACCGCCGUCACCUUUUAUCUUUUGUACGAGGAGUUACUUCAGAGGCGAGGCGGCUUUUACGAGCAUGUGAUCAAUCUCACACCCAGACAGAAAUUGAAGGACUUCUUCAUCGAGGUCCAAAUAGUAGAGAAUGCGAAUCUGUCAUAUCUUCACGUUCCCGAAUUACGCCGGCAUGAAAUCAUCGCUCGAGAAGAAUCUCUAACCUCAUUGAAGCAUGUGGAUAUCAGCCGUCCCACUCAAGCUUCUGCCAAAAUUAAGUACCGUCCAAAUUUGCUGAACCUACAACGAAAACUCAAGUCCCGACAUUCAUUGCAAUUCGUGGUCGAGUACGAUGUAGCUCGAGACAGGGAAAAGGCCGGGGAAAUUCAGGUGGUCGAUGGUUUCUUCGUUCAUUUCGUGGCCCCGCAACAUCUCCCGGUCAUGCCUAAGCACAUCGUUUUCGUGAUUGAUACCUCGGGGAGCAUGAUGGGGAAGAAGAUGAAGCAGACAAAGAACGCCCUGAGGACAAUCAUUGGCGAACUCCGAGAAGAGGACCACAUGACCUUGCUUUCAUUCUCGGAUGAGGUCGACACUUGGGAUGGCCGUGGAAACGUGAUCGCCUCAGUCAACAAGGACAAUGUGGAGGCUGCUCUCAACCACAUCGAUGCCUUGGAAGCUCGGGGAGGAACCAAUCUCAACGAUGCCUUGGUUCAAGCCCUCACCAUCAUCGCCCACGUGAAGCAUCGUGGGGCGCUCAAAACGGAUGUGCAGCCCAUGAUAUUUUUCCUCACCGAUGGACACGCCACCGUAGGCGAGAUGGAUAAUCAUCAGAUCAUGGAUAAUAUCAACCGUGUUAACAUUGAGACGGCCAUUUUCACACUGGCCUUUGGUCGUUCGGCGGACUUUGACCUCCUGAAAGCCUUGUCACUAAUGAACAAUGGGUUUGCACGCAAGAUCUACGUAGCGGCUGACGCCUCACUCCAACUCGAAGGCUUCUAUAAAGAGGUGAGCUCUCCAAUCUUGAGGGGUGUGAAUUUUACCUAUCAGAGCGACGAAAUUCUUUCCAAUUCGUUAACAUCCACAAACUUCCACACGUACUACCAAGGCUCGGAAAUGGUGGUGGCUGGAAAAUUGGCCACCUAUAUGGCAGAUAAUCCCAAUGAGCUUAUUGAGUACCAAAUCCUAGCCACACAAGCUCUUGGGAGCCAAUAUUUCGUCGAAGGAGCAUACAAUGGCUCAGAGGCUCACUUCUAUCCCCAAAGCAUAACCGAGACCAUUUUCAACGUGGUUCCCCAAAUCCGAGCCAAGGAUAUUAACUUUCUCGAGCGCCUUUGGGCUUAUUUAACCAUCAAAGAUUUGUUGGAAAAGGUGGCCAAAGGCCAAAUCGACUCUUGUGCAAAUCAAAGUCGGAGCUCUCGAGAUCUAUUUAAACAACAAACUGAUCCAACUCUUUAUGAUGAUGAAGAUUUUGAGUCAGACUCUGGUUCAGGGCACUCAGGUGAGGAGGACAUUGAGGAGGAUAUCAAGGGAGUGUCCGAAAUCAUGGAUGAAGUGGGAGAUGCAGACAUCAUCAUUUGCAAUAAUCUCGAGAGGGCCUUGUAUUUAUCGCUGAAGUAUGAAUUCGUGACGCCGUUAACAUCCUUGGUGGUGGUGAAACCCGAUGAUGGCGAAGAACCUGGAGAUAUCGGUGAGAUGGACGCUCAAGAUUCAUCCAAGUCCAAGAGCAAUGCCAAUCCUAAUAUCGUGUUCUCGCAUUCGUCGAUCUCGAAAUCUUCCGAACUUCUCACCACGUUCUUGGUGCUGUUUCAAUCAUAUCUUCUUUUCCAUUGAGUUGGAAUUCAUUGAAAAUCUGAAAGUUUGCAGCGCUUCUCUUUCCUUUACAUUGAUAAAUCAAGAGGCUGUGAUAAAAAAAAAUCCGCUGGCUGAGGAACAGAGAGCAAAAAUGUGAGGGAUAUGUUUCGUCUUCAAUUUAAACUUCAAACUUUGGCGUGCCUGAGCGAUGCUUGAUACUUUCUCUCAUUCGAAAUGCAUGAUGUAUUAUUAUUCAUUAA